CAUCCUUACUGCAGUCGACAUCUUUGAAAUCUAGCUCCGUCUUGUGCGUUUUGAUCGUGUUUUUGAGCUCAAAAAUAAUCUCAAGAGGUUUUUUGAGGAACCGUAUCACCUAGCGACUGAAUCUGGACUUGAUUUGUAUGGUGUGAGGUUUGUUUUUUGUGUUUUAAAGAUGGCCAGUCCUUAUCAGCGCUCUGUACCGCUGGAGGUGAGGAGAGCGGAGGGAGAACGAGUUCGGGCCAAGCAUCCUGACAAAAUCCCGAUCAUCGUGGAGAGGGCCCCGAGGUCACGAGCUCCUGAACUGGACAAGAAGAAAUACCUGGUGCCGUCAGAUUUGACAGUCGGCCAGUUGUGUUUUCUGAUCCGUCAGCGUAUGUCUUUGAGACCGGAGGAGGCGCUCUUCUUCUUUGUUAACAACUCCCUCCCCCCAUCCAGCUGUCCUCUCUCUACUGUAUACGAGGAGCACCACGAGGAUGACCUGUUUCUCUACAUGACCUACAGCAACGAGAGCGUGUAUGGUGCCUGAAGUGGAACAAAAGACUGAGAGAGAAUGAGAGCACGCAGAGAGAGGAUGGAAUAGAGAGGUUGAAGUUUUUAUUUUGUGCUUUGCACCACUUUAAUUGUCAAUAUGAGUUUUGAUGGAGAAAGGACAAACUUUGUACAGAGUGGAACUGGUCGGAUUUUUUAAUCUUGGACUGAGUUUUCAAAAAACUGAACUCUAAGCCACAGUGUGUGUGUGUGUGGUCUUUCUCUUUUUAGGGAGGGCUUUAAAAGAAAUGAGUGCAAAUAAAAGGAAGUACUGAAAACGCUCAUGAUCUUUCUCAGUCAUCUGUAUUUAAUGCAAAUAGAAUUUUUGUUGGUUUGCUUUUUGUAAAUUAUCAUAACUUUUGUGGAAAUAAAGAAAAUUCCAAAAAUUG